CGCAUUCUCUCUCUCCCAGGGAUAAUCAGUGAGUGAUUGCUAAGCAGGAGAGGGGGAAGGGAGGGAGCAGCCAGCAGCAGCAGGGAAGAGACUCCUGCGAGCCCGGCUGCAUUAUUUAGCUCCGUGCACCCUCAGCAGGUCCCAGUCGCCAGUCUCCGGCUGAUAUAACAAUAACACGCCGUGCCCGGGAGAGGGAAGCAGCAACAGGCUGCAGUGAGGGCAGCAGCAGGAAAGAGCUGGAGGAGCUGGAACAAGUUCGGAGCAGAGACACUGGCAGCGCCGUGCCGGGGAGGGGACAGGACAUCGUCAGCUGUGCGGCUGGGAGGAAGGUGACUCUGAGCAACCUGUGAUCGCGGUCACUGCGGCUGUGUGCCAGGACAGGUGGCUCCUGGAGAACUCCGCAAAGUGACGCCGGGACUGUCUCUGUGCUGCUGGGACAACUGGGACCAGGGCAUGUGUUACCUGCUCCCCGGAUCUGAUCCCCCGGGGGCAGCAGAGCAAUGGGCAGAGCAGCAGUAGCGCCCCCUCUGGGCAUGUGGAGUAUGUACAGCCGGAACUCUCCUCAUUGCUUAUAGGGACCUAUUAUUAUUAUUUGACCAGGAAUAAUCAGUAUAUUACCAGCUGCGGCUUACUUCAGAUAUCCUCACAGUAAAUGCAGUACGUGGAUUGUUUCUGCUCUUUCUAAUAAACUUGGUUACAUUGUAUCUGCGCACUAUCAGGAAUACUUCUGUUUGUUUAAUGGGAGGAGAGUACAUAAUGGUCUCUUCAGCCUGACUUCUGCUAUGUAGUCUGACCGAGAAGGCAAUAUUCUCCCAUUCUUUGUUACUUCUGGAGGAGUACAUGUCUGGGACCGUACUGGCCAGCACCAUGGAGAGCCUGGAGACUAGAGGGGGACAAGACAGGUUUGUGCCUGAUGUCCUGAGGACUCCCCCAAGCUUGGACCAAGGGCAGAACAUGAUGAUGGAGAGGAAAGUAGUGGAAGGCUGCAGAUUGGUGGAUGUAUUUCUCACUGGUGGGGCUCCUUGGGGAUUUACCUUGAAAGGCGGUAAAGAACAUGGAGAACUUCUAAUUAUCACUAAGGUUGAAGAAGGGAGCAAAGCUGCAGACACUUUAAUGGCAGGAGAUGAAAUUGUCAAUAUAAAUGAUAUACCACUCUCAGGUUACCGUCAAGAAGCGAUCUGUUUGGUAAAAGGGUCACACAAGACAUUAAAAAUGAUCGUAAAAAGGAAAAAUGAUAUUGCUUAUAGACCUCAUUCCUGGCACUCAACAAAAUUUAUUGAAAAUCCGAUGGAGACUUUGACUGCACAACUAUCAAAUUCAAAUUUGAACCCUUCCUGGGACCCUAGAAACCAUUCCAGCUCUUCAUCUCAUGACUUAUCCAACUCUUGGGACCAAACCAACUUGCAGAGAAGUUCUGGACAUUUCAGCUCAAUGGGUAGUAUGGACAGUAUUGACCAAACCUACCAAACAGGAAGACUUUCUUCUGCCAAAUCUAAUAACAGCAUAGAUUAUUUAGGUAACCAAAGUCAGAGGGAUUCAGCAUAUGGUUCUUUUUAUACCAGUUUCAUCACACCAGAUCAAACCAUAUCUAAAACUGCUUCUGCUUCAACUGAAAAUUUAUUGUGUAAAAUCAAUGAAAGGGACCAUCCAAAUCCAGGACAUCGUAAGUCUGGCCAGCUCUUACAGGAGAUUGGAGUAGUGGAUAAUAGACAGGAAUAUCAGUCUCCUUCUACAUUCUAUGAGAGUAGUAAGCCACAACGAACAGAUGAUAGCACUGAUUCAAGGCAUUCCGGGCGAUCAAACUUUGGACCAGUCUGGUAUGUUCCUGAUAAGAAGAAGACAACUUCUUCACCUCCUCCUCCGCCUCCUCCGCUUCGCAGUGACAGCUAUGCCAUUACUAAAACCCAUGAGAAAACUGCACCUUCACACACAGAAUUGACAAGCACACCGCACUUUAAUGUUGCAAACCGAUCUAAUUCAAGAACUGAAUGGAAUUCAGAAAUUGCAGAUUAUCAACAAAACCUUGUUAGACUACCAGAUAGGAGCCUAGUAGAUAUGAGGCACAUCAGCAAUUCUACCUACCGGUCUGAGAUCAAUUUGGAUCAAGUAGUACCCUAUCAAGACAAAUACCAGAACAAUGCACCCAACUCCAAUAGAUUACAAUUGUCGCAGUCCACCAGUGAUGUGCGUUUUGCACAACCUUCUUAUAGUUACCAUCACCAACGUCAGUAUAGUGAUGAAAGCACUUUCUUUAAAAAUACAAAAGCCUCAACAUCCAUUAAAGCACAACCACAACAAGUUGCCUUUUAUUCUGGAAAUCGUGAGUUGGUAAAUGACCCAACACUUGUUUACAAUACACAUAGGUCAAGAGUUUCUAGCUCUUCUGAAAGCAAUACUGGGGGAAAGGUAAAGGGAGACAGUAAUAGACAGAGCUGUAGUAACAGUGCAGGUUCAAAACAGCCACCUCAGGGAACAGUUUCUCAACAUCAGUGUAGGGAAGAGUAUGGUAAUGUAGAUAUUUUAUCUAAUAGAAGACCAAUUCCGCAAGACAGUGCUGCCCUGGAUAUCAAUUACUGUCUACCUCAGCAGCACAGCCUAACAUCACCAGAAAACAGGCAGAAGUACAGUCCAAAAAUGGCCGAUAGAAAAGACGGUCACCUGAGUAAUAAUGAACGAAAAAAUCUGGAUUAUUGUGAGGGUCAAUAUAACAAUCAGAAUUUUGCCCAGCCCGAGAUUUCAAGCAAAGCUGUGUCGGGCAGUAAAUACAGGUCUCAUCAGAAAGAUUAUUCCUGGACUGAAGAAGAAGAGAGCAGAAUAACACCCCAGAUUACACCUAUGUUGCAUUCUUUAUCUCAAGAAGGAAGAAAUCAAUUAUCUCAAGAAGGAAGAAAUCAAUCAGUUAGCUCCCCAGAUACCACUGAAAAACAACCAUUCUCAGAAUCAGGUAAACAGUCUCGAAGGAGUGACCGCUUUGCAACUACUCUGAGAAAUGAAAUUCAACAAAGGCGGGCUCGUCUGCAGAAAAGCAAAAGUACAGCAGCUUUGACAGAGUCAAAUGAAGGGGAACAUUCAGAAAACUGGAACCAUGAUUCUAUGGAAAGUAUGAAUCCUUCAUCUGAUGGGUCUUUUUCAAGCACAUACAAGAACCAUUUAAAGGAGGCCCAAGCUAGAGUUCUAAGGGCUACCUCUUUCAAGCGUCGAGAUCUAGAACCUGGACUUAUUGAUCCUUCAUUGUCUCCAGAACCGAGAAAUCAGGUCUAUAACAUUUCAAAGCCAGGUUUUCCUCCAGAUGUCACUUCCAACCCUUAUGAUCUGGUUCAACCAAAGCAAUAUACAUCAGAAAGCAGCUCCCAAAUUAUAUCACGCAUUGGGGGCAGAAAAAGGUUUACAGCACAGCAAAAACUGAAGUCUUACUCUGAGCCUGAAAAUAUGAACGAAGUUGGAAUAUAUGAGGAUACUCCCCAUUUACAAAAGUCAAAUGCAUCCCAAGGAGCUGUUGGAUCUUUUGCAGACAGAUGGAAGUUCUUUGAGGAGACAAGCAAGUAUACACCGCCAGGACCUGCUCCAAAAGUUAUUCCUCAUAGUUUUUCUGAAGAAAAAUAUGAGACCCAAAACGUAAACGAUUAUGAAAAAGAACCCCAAGAUUCAGGGCACGAUAAGAGGUCUCGGGCUGCGUCUUUAGGACUUGACCAGCUAUCGAAUAGGGAAAAGAAUCCUACAGUUCGAUCUGACAAGGUUCGUUAUAAAGCUACUGAUAAUAUUAUAACAGACCAGCCUCAGAGAUUAGGGACUUUUGCAGAAUACCAAGCAUCUUGGAAAGAACAGAAAAAAACGCUAGAAAGGAAGAAUUCUGGAAGAUGUCACUCAGCUGAUAACAUUCUUGAUGCUGGGAUUGAGCAGAGUCAAAAAUCACAAUACAAUCAUGAAAGGUCCAGAUCAUCUCCUACGACCGAUUUCUAUGCACAGGGAGUAAUUGCAGAUUCAAAGAAGCAGCCAGCCAGCGAGAGGGAAAAUUCUGAGAGCGAUCUCUUGUCACACUGCAGCAGCGGCAGUAGCAGAGAGGAAUCCUCUGGAAGCUUCCUCUCUAAGCUCACGGUGUCUAUUCAGUCUCCUACUUCAGAACUGUCCUGUAGUCUUUCCGAGCCUCUGAGGAUUGUGGAAACAGAGGACAAAAGAGAUCUGUCAGCAGUAAAAGAGGACACUGCAUAUGAUAACAAAUGGAAAGUGGCCAGUAAACCUGUAUCUGAAGUACCAGAUGCAUUAAAUGUAUCCCAACAAAGCAGAGCGAGAUCCGGAACAUUGCCCAGUGAUUACAGAUUUGUAAACGACAAUGUGAGAUUAGGGAACAGAGACAUUGGCUAUUCAGCUGUCCCUCUUUCAGAAACUCCAUCUAGCAACAAGAAUUCUUCACAGUCAGAAGAAGGGUACCAGAGGCAAGAACCAGCACCUGUGAGUAAGAAACGAGGACCAGCACCCCAAAGACCACCCCCGCCCAAACUAGACAAAUAUUGGCGGCUGAGCGGUUCUACGUCUUCUCUAGCUGCGUCAACAGAAUCUUUACUGACAACAGCACAAGGGAAGAGUGCCCUGUCUCAGUCCCCUGGCACCUUAGAUUUAAUCAAACAUCAGACAUCACCUGUCCGCAACCCAGGGGUGCCUUCAGAUAAACAUUUACACGUUCAUUCGCAAAAUCAGCAACUUUCUGGGUCAUCAGAGAAUGUCAGCCAGUUCUUAGAGAAGAAAAACAUUAGCACUGAGACUGAAGUGUCCUCAAAGCCUUAUCUGCAAAAGCCUGCGAUGGAGCCAUCACGGUCACCUUCUCCUCAGUUUGCUCCUCAAAAGCUUACAGAUAAACCUCCACUACUGGUUCAGAAUGAAAACAAGGCCAGAAUUGAAAGAGUUAUAGACAACACAAAAGUGAAGAUGGUCCCCAUUAAAAUUGUCCAUUCUGAAAGCCAUGCAGAGAAGGAAAGCAGGAACAAUUUGCUUAGUGCCAUUGAGCCGCUUGCCUUACCUACUGGUCUUGCCAAAGACCAACUGAAAACUCUCAGUACACCUGAGCAAUCCUACUCCCGCUUCUGUGCUUACACAAGGCAUGGCCCAGACCCAGAAGACCAGUUUAGAGCUACAGAGAGUCAACCACCCUUGGAAUUUGUCGAGAGCACACAAGAGAGUGCAGUCUCUUCUCUCUCUGCUGUUAACGCCAAGAGCAAAGAUUUGAUUUACGCUGACUUGAAAUCUGAGGAGUUGAUGAGAGAAAUUGUAGGAAAAGAUAAGUCUCUCGCAGACAUAUUAGGUCCGAACGGCAAAAUGAUGACCACAAUGGACCUUAUGGAAGGGAUAUUUACAAAGGAUGAAAAUCUUCUUGAAGAAGCUCAGCAACGCAGGAAGCUGAAUCCAAAAGUCCCAUCUCCAAGACCUCCUGACGAAAAAAAAGAGGAUCAGAAUAUGGCAGCCAUCUCUCUGACAACCAGUUCCACAUACUACAGCACUUCCGCAGCCAAAGCGGAACUCCUCAUCAAGAUGAAAGACAUGCAGGAGCAGCAGCACACUGAAGAGAGCUCUGAGGAUGAGAUGGACCACAACCUGUUUGAGAAAAAGCAAGAACUGAUAGACAGUAUCAGUAAGAAGCUGCAGGUUCUUCGGGAAGCUAGAGAAACCCUCUUGGAGGACAUCCAGUGUAACAACGCUUUAGGAGAGGAGGUCGAGGUCAUCGUGAAAGAGGUUUGCAAACCAAAUGAGUUUGACAAGUUCCGAAUGUUUAUUGGAGACCUAGAGAAAAUAGUGAAUCUUCUUCUGUCGCUUUCUGGAAGGCUUGCCCGGGUGGAAAAUGCCCUUAAUAACUUAGAUGAAACUGCUUCGCCUGAAGAACGAAGGACACUAGUUGAGAAGAGGAAGCUGCUGACACGGCAGCAUGAAGACGCAAAGGAACUAAAAGAGAACUUGGACCGUCGCGAGCGUACGGUUUUCGACAUUUUGGCUAGUUACCUGAACGAGGAAAACCUUGCAGACUAUGAGCACUUUGUAAAGAUGAAAUCGGCACUGAUCCUCGAGCAACGGGAACUGGAAGACAAAAUCAAGCUGGGAGAAGAACAACUCAAAUGUUUGACCGACAGCCUGCCCUCCGAACGAAUCAAGUAGAGAAUGGCAGAGCCAAAGCUGGACUUCUGGCCGGCCUUCUCCACGCGUUUCUUAAUCUAAAUAUGUGAAAAUGAGUAGAACCCUUCGAGUGGAUGUUACACAAAAUGAAAAAUGCUUCUCGUUAGCAAUAAUUAUUUUGUUUGGAUUAUAUAUAUUUAAUUUUUCUAUUUUAUGUUGGACUCUACAUGGGACUCCAUGCUAUAGAUCCAUAGGAUAGAUGUUUCUGUUUAAAAUGUAAACUUAAAUGUACAAUUUGAAAUCGUCCGUAUAGUGAACUUUGUUACAGUAUACUGCAUGUAGCCAUUAUCGUUAUUCUUUUAUGUGUAACAUAAAUUCCUUGUUACCAAACCCCCCCGCAGCACAGUGAUCAUGCAAAUGACCACAAUUCUGAGCUCAUUAAAAGUUGUUCUAUGUAACAGUUACAUAAUGAAUCGUUAGGAGAAGAUUUCAUUGUGUCUGUUCUGGUCUGAUCCUGCCACAGUCAUGCAGGGGUAUUAUAUAUCACCCUGCAAUCUGCUGUUGUCUGCGGUUCUUGGGAAUGAGCAAUAAAAAAGCAAAUGGUAUCUUUUACAUAUAUUUUAUUUAUUAUGAUAAUAACCAGAGAGGACCCAUAAAGUAUAUAUAAAUCACUACAUCAUCACCAUGACACCGUAGAAUGGACAGCUGAACAUAGCAGCUCUUUGUUUAGUUUCCUUUGUCAUAUUUUCCCUUCAGUUCCAACCAGCAAAGCCAUUUAUCUGGUCUGUAGGUCAGUGAAGGCUUUUGAUAGGGAGAGGCCUACACAGUCAGUAGACACUGGUGUGAGGGAGGAAGACUAUGACCAACUAACUGUCUCUAACCAGAUGGAUGCACAGGAAAAGCUUAGCCAGCACUUGGAAGUGUGUCAUCUUACUGAUGUAUAUUAUGUGUAAAUUAUAUUAGUAACCGAAAUAUAGGCAGUUGUCUGUUACUCCAUUUCCUAUACAUGUGAUCUCUGGGCUGUACAAGCCGCUGAUUUGCUAAAGACUGUAGAUUGUUUUCCUCAAAGAAAUAUUCACCUAUGUGUUUCUUAAAGGGGUAGCCUGAAAAUCUGAAUUUUCAAUCGGUUGUGUAAAUCUCCAUAUCAUUAAACUUUACAGUAUAUCUCCUAAAAUGGACAUUUAUAUUGUUUUGCUCUUCCUCAGAGGUGUUUUAAUUGCAGUACUUGAUUUUAGAUUCCAGAUGUCUGUGUUUGGAUAACUGCCAUUGGCUAAAUGCCAUCGUAUGCAGCAUUGGAAAAUUGCAAGUUAUAAAGCACAAAAUAAAAGGUGUUGCUAAAUGUUUUUACACUA